UUCUCUCUCUCUCUCCUCUAAUACUGAUGGCGCAACACAACAAGCAGUCCGCGUUGCUCUCGCAGCGCUGUCUGUCUGAUUCAUCCCGACUCAUCUCCCACUCUUUUCCUUUCCUUUCCUCUUUACAAGUCAAAGCUCAACUACAACUAAAAUUGAAAACCAAAACCCCUCCCAACAACUCCCACUUCUCUCUCUGUUCAUCUGCAUCUCCCCAAUGAGUUGCUAACUAAUAACCAAUUCCUCCAAAUGUCCGUUCAGUUUCACCAUCUUCUCUUCUUCCUAAUCCUAACUUUCUUCCCAUCGUUACCACUUGCUCAAGAAGGUAACGUAUCAUGUCCUUUAAACUUCACCAUCCUGCGCCCGAUCCUCUCCAACCCCAACAGGCUCCGACACAUGAACACCUCCAUGGAGUGCCACUACAUUCGCCAGGGCCUCCGCCUCGUCCUCUCCGACUACCUUAGACGCACCGGAUCAUUCUUUCCACCCUUAAACUCCUCCGAGUCUUGUUGGCAAUCUUACCAAUCCCUCGUCCCAAACUUCGACAUCCGUUCCUCGUGCGGUUUCCAAACCGCUUGGAUCUCCCAAGGUUGCAGGAACUUAACCACAAAGGCCGAAUUCGAAGUUUUUAUCGGAAACACUACCUUGUCCGACGUCGUUUCAAACUGUAACCAGUCUUUGCAGGGUUCCGCUUGUGCUUCCUGUACUAGAAGCGUAGCCACUGUACAAGCUUUGUACUUGACGGACAAUUCAACUGCAAACGUGUCCGACUGUACGGCCUACCCGUCUAUUUAUGCAGCUGCUGUUGCUAAUUACUUGGGACCGACUGAUGAAGAUACGGCCCCUUGUUUGUUUUCAUUUGGUCUUAGUGAUAAUAGUACUGGCAAGAGUAAGAAAAAAGGUGUGAUUUUGGGUGUUGUAAUCGGGGUUGGUAUCGUUUUAGCCGUUCUGAUUGGUGGGUCUUGGUUUGUUUAUAGGAAAUAUCAGGAUGCUAAGAGGAGAAAAAGGAGGGACAAAAUUAGGAAUCUUGAGAUGGGUAGUUUGGGUGGUUCUGGAUUGGGUUCAAUUAGUGAAAGUACUAAUUUGGUUAAGUUUACAUUCGAUGAGAUUAAGAAAGCUACUGGGAAUUUCUCUAGAGAUAACAUUAUUGGAAGAGGUGGUUAUGGCAAUGUGUACAAGGGUUACUUGCCUGAUGGCUCUGAGGUUGCUUUGAAACGGUUCAAGAAUUGUUCUGCUGCUGGUGAUGCCAGUUUUACGCAUGAAGUUGAGGUUAUUGCUAGUGUUAGGCAUGUGAAUCUUGUUGCUUUAAGGGGAUAUUGUACAGCAACAACUCCAUUAGAGGGUCAUCAGAGGAUAAUUGUUUGUGAUUUAAUGAAAAAUGGGAGUUUGCAUGAUCAUUUGUUUGGUUCCAUGGAAGGAAGACUUAGUUGGCCUAUUCGUCAAAAGAUUGCACUAGGGACCGCUAGGGGACUGGCUUAUUUGCAUUAUGGGGCACAACCUGCAAUCAUUCAUAGGGAUAUCAAAGCGAGUAAUAUACUUUUGGAUGAGAUGUUUGAGGCCAAGGUAGCAGAUUUUGGACUUGCAAAGUUUACACCCGAGGGAAUGACACAUUUGAGCACUAGGGUAGCUGGGACAAUGGGAUAUGUUGCCCCUGAGUAUGCGUUGUAUGGGCAAUUGACUGAGAGGAGUGAUGUGUAUAGCUUUGGUGUAGUGCUUCUUGAGCUGUUGAGUGGAAAGAAAGCACUUACGAUGAGUGAGGAGAACCAACCUUCUCUAGUUGCUGAUUGGGCAUGGUCGUUGGUGAAGGAUGAGAGAACUUUGGAUGUUAUUGAAGAUGGCAUGCCUGAGUUGGGGCCACCAGAAGUUCUGGAGAAGUAUGUGUUGAUUGCUGUUCUUUGCUCUCAUCCAGAGUUACUAUGCCGGCCAUCCAUGGAUCAGGUUGUGAAAAUGUUGGAAACAGACAUUUCAGUCCCCUCAAUCCCUGAACGGCCAAUUCCUCUGGUAGCGCAUAUUGAUGACAUUGAAAGAUCUAUAAGCAGUAACGGCUCAGGUCAGCUUUCCAGUCCUGCUGGCUAUCAGAUGUUUACACAUGAAAGUAGCCAUCAUUCAGGAAGUAAGGAGGAAGGGACAAGUUCAGGCUCUCAAAUAGAAGUUUUAUAGAAGCACAUCCUAACAUGAUAGGAUCAUUGAGCUCUCAAUGGUGCUUCCCCUGAUUAGUAUGCUUACCUUAAUUUUUGUUGGUUUAGAUUAUUUGCUUCAUGAGUUAAAAAUUGCAUCAGAUGUUGUAAAUAUACAAUAGGUUUACAAAUAAGUUAGAUUCAUUUGAAUUCAAAUGAUAUAGGGCACAAAAUAGUCAUUUCACAUUUGUAAGUAUUUAGUGGUGUACAGUUUAGCAACUUUCUCUGGAACAUCAAUGAUUUGUUGAACAAAUCAUGCUCUGUGUUUCCCUGAAAUUCUUCAUAUAUAACUUGUUUUUGCCAACCAAGGUGGCAUGGAGUUUUGGUCUAAUGUAACAAAGGUUAUUGCAAGAAUUUGAUUUAUAACUUUGUUGCUUCA